UUGAGCUUCGCACAGACAGAACGUUCUCAUUCAGCCUUGUCUUUUUCCUUUUCUUUUUCUUGGUCUAUUUUUUUUCUGCUUCUUAUUAUUCCCGGUUCCUUGGGAAUUGGAUAAUCUAUUGAAUCGAUUCUCUAAAUACGAAAAGGGUCUGAUAAUCUGAUUCUAUAAUUCGAUUUUGGGAUUGCAAGGUUCGAAUUGUAGGCAGGAUACGAAAAAAACGCAAAAUUUGUCUCUUCUGAAAGCAAUUAGUUGAUGACGUCACCUGUGAUUGUCGGAAGGAAUGAUGAUGAGGAUCCAUCGACAAAACCACUUGGAAGGUUGUCUGUGUUCUACUAUGGAGUGGGACAUAUGCUUAAUGACAUUACUGCUUCUUGUUGGUUCACUUACCUCCUCUUGUUUUUAACCCAAAUCGGCCUCUCCCCAAGGGAUGCUGCAAUUGUCAUGCUCUCUGGUCAAGUUGCUGAUGGUUUUGCUACUAUCUUCAUUGGUGAAUUGAUUGACAGAUUUGGGCAUUUCAAAAUUUGGCAUGCUGGAGGAUCCUUAUUAGUUGCUGUCUCAUUUUCCUCUGUUUUUGGCGGCUGUUUGCCUUGUUCACUCCUGCACAGUAACUCUUCAACUGUCGAAACAUUAUCGUACAGCAUGUUUGCAGCUAUCUUCAAUAUAGGAUGGGCUGCUACUCAGGUUUCUCACAUGGCUAUGGUCAAUUGCAUUACAUUGAACUCAUCAAGCAGAGUAGCACUAACUAGCUCCCGUAACGCGUUUAGCAUGGUUGCUAAUUUAGGUUUAUAUGCGAUUGCUUUAGUUGUAUUUGGUGUUAGCGAGGCGGUGACCAAAGAAAAUACAGAAACUCAGUAUCGUUGGAUUGCUUACUCAUCCAUCACCGUUGGAUGCUGCUUUGUGGUCAUAUUUCUUAUGGGGACAAAGGAACCAAGGCUGAGGAUAGAUCUAAGAGAAACUAGCCGAGCGAGAAUACCGUGGUCUUAUUGGUUCCACAAAAUUCUAUACUAUCAAGUUGCUAUGGUUUAUCUCCUCACUCGACUAGUAUUGAAUGUUUCACAGGCAUAUCUUGCAUUCUUUGUUAUUGAUGAUUUGCAAAUGGCUCAAUCCGCUAAAGCUCUGAUCCCCGCAAUAAUCUACAUCUGCAGCUUCGUUGUAUCGGUUAUGCUUCAGGAGAUUCCGUGGAAUGGAAAACGCCUCAAGGCAUAUUAUUGUGCGGGUGGUAUUAUUUGGAUAUUCUGUGGUGUAUCAGUCCUCUUAUUGUCCAGAACCAUUAACUCUUACAUGUAUGCCAUCUCUGUCUUUAUCGGCAUUGCAAAUGCAUUGAUGCUGGUGACAGCAAUCAGUAUGCAGAGUGUGUUGAUUGGUUCGGAACUUGGUGGAUGUGCUUUCGUUUGUGGGUCAUUAAGCUUCUUAGACAAAAUGUCAUGUGGACUUGCUUUAUAUGUUCUUCAGUCACAUCAAAGCACUUCACCAAAGGUCGAUGUAAACAUCAGCCAAAACUUUUACUUCUCGGUGACAAGAUACGGCUUAGGACUUGUUCCAGCUGUAUGCUCGCUUGUUGGAGUUGUUGUAACAUAUUUUAUGGAACUCGAUAGCACAAUUCUAAAGCCUCUGCGUCAACCACUACUACUAGAAUGAACAGAAGGAAAAUAUGCAACAAUACUGAUCUGGUAAACACAUAAACUCAAACUUGGUUACUGUUUGACAGUAUUUAUGUUUCAGUUUCCUAAUUUUUUGUUCAUACCGAUAAGUUUAGAUCAUACUGUAACAGGCAAAACAUAUGUACAAGAAUUACUUCAAAGUCAUAAAAAAAUUAAUGCAAGUUGAUUUUUUUUUUCCA